AGACUGAUACCUGUAUGUUGACUCCUACUGAUGAGGAAAGUGACCACCAGCUCCUCGCUCACAACUCUUAUGUAGCUGAGAGCCAAGAUCAGAAAGGAGGCAAGCAUGGAGACUCAGGCUCAACUAGAAAUGCAGAGCCACAUCAACAGAAUCAACAUCACGAAAGCAUAAGUCACAGUAACAAUGUCGACAACCUUAACCUGUCAGAGAUGCACUGUGAUACUCCUACAGGCAAACAGCCUUUAAAAUGUGACGCAUGUGGAAAAGACUUUAAGCAUAAAUGCUCACUAGAGAGACAUCUGAGAACCCACACAGGUGAGAAGCCAUAUUCUUGUAAAACAUGUGGGAAAGGAUUUAAACAGAAAUCAGCAUUGACCUCUCAUACAAGAAUCCACACAGGUGAGAAGCCAUAUUCCUGCAACACGUGUGGGAAAAGAUUUAAUGACAAAUCAUCAUUGACCUCUCAUACAAGAAUCCACACAGGUGAGAUUCCAUAUUCUUGUAAAACAUGUGGGAAAGGAUUUAAUAAGAAAUCAUCAUUGACCUCUCAUACAAGAAUCCACACAGGUGAGAUUCCAUAUUCUUGUAAAACAUGUGGGAAAGGAUUUAAUAAGAAAUCAUCAUUGACCUCUCAUACAAGAAUCCACACAGGUGAGAUUCCAUAUUCUUGUAAAACAUGUGGGAAAGGAUUUAAUAAGAAAUCAGCAUUGACCUAUCAUACAAGAAUCCACACAGGUGAAAGGCCAUUUUCUUGUAAAACAUGUGGGAAAAGAUUUAAUCACAAUGUAUCAUUGACCUAUCAUACAAGAACCCACACAGGUGAGAGGCCAUUUUCUUGUAAAACAUGUGGGAAAGGAUUUAAUAGAAAAUCAUCAUUGACCUCUCAUACAAGAAUCCACACAGGUGAGAAGCCAUAUUCUUGUAAAACAUGUGGGAAAGGAUUUAAAAAUAAAUCGGCAUUGACCACUCAUACAAGAAUCCACACAGGUGAGAAGCCAUAUUCUUGUAAAACAUGUGGGAAAGGAUUUAAACAGAAAUCAUCAUUGACCACUCAUACAAGAAUCCACACAGGUGAGAAGCCAUAUUCUUGUAAAACAUGCAAAAAAAAAUUCCGGUCUAAUAAUAAUUUGAAAGUCCACAUGAGAACGCACAUGGGGGGAAAGCUGCAUCACUGCAGCACAGAGGUUCCAGAGAUUAAAGAGUAACAUGAGGAACUAAAAUGAGUUUGACACUCCUGACUUCAGGGUUACACUCUGUAAUAAGUGUUUGAUCAUACACUAUUUCUACACACUACCUCAGAAAUGAGGUCACUGAGGUUUUUUCUUUGUUAGAGGAAGAUUGUCUGUUUUGGGUUAUUGGAUUGCAAUGGGAUAGUGCUUGAUCACCUGAACGUGUAAAUGUAGCAGAGAUAUGGAUGGUGGGAUGCUGGGCUAAAGAAGCUUGUGCGUAAUGCAUACUGGUACAUGCAGGCAGUCCCUGCACGGCUCCGCGAGCAGGAGAACUCAGCUUUAGGAUUCAGGGGGAUCUAUUUGCAGAAAUGGAAUAUAGUAUUCAUAACUAUGUUUUCUUUCAUCUAUAAUCACAUGAAACUAAGAAUUGUUGUGUUUUCAUUAGAUUAGAACGAGCCCUUCAUAUCUACAUGAGGAGCGUGUCCACUUCCACUGAGACCCCCAUGUAGCCUCUUUAGUAUCCCAGAACAGACGAACCAAACUCUGGCUCUAGAAAAGGUCUUUCGUGUUUUUACGUUACCGGAAGCCACUGUAGGUUCUCACAACACUUGGAAAAGGAGGUGGGCAGAGGAGUAUUCAGUUAGUUGCACCUGCAACCUCACCGCUAGAUGCCACUAAAUCCUACACACUGGACCUUUCUAAGGGGACAGUUAAUGUUGUAACUGACCAUGAUGAACAAACUGUUGACCAAGAUGAAUGUUACUGCAUUGUAUGCAACUUUUUAAUUGAACAACGGUGACACUGAGCAUGGGUGAUUGUAGCAACACUGUUAAUAUCAUUUGUUAUACUGCUGCACAUUGUUUGAAGACUGACUGUGACAGAACAUAUUGCUGUAAAGGCCAGAAGCUAUAGAAGCUUAAAGAGAACGUAUUCAUAUCACACAUGUUUGUUACCAAGGUAGAAUGGUGCAUCACAUU